AUGUCGGGUCCACUAGGAGAUCUUGCUCGCUCUAUAGCCUCACCUUUCCGAUCGGGAAAGCAUGAAACGGAAUCUAGCACACCGGAAAAGGGAAAGUCAGCACAACGUACAGAAGCCAGACAGCAGGAGAAGCUUGAGAAAUCCGAGCGUCGACAGCAAGAACAAGAAGAAAUAGAGCAGCGUCGGCAACAAGAAGAUGAGAUAGCAGAGCAGGAAGAAGACGGAGAAACAAAGGCUCGUUACGGUGAAAAUGUUCAUCCCCACGAGCUGUGUUCUCUCGAACAGAUCAUCAACCUACCAGUAGGAUCUGAGGUCAACUUCCGCACGAGAAUACACACUCAGAGGCGAUUAUCACAAGCUCUGACUUUCUUAUUAUUCCGAAACCAGACGGACUCCGUCCAAGGUGUUCUCUCACAUGCUUCGCCGCAUAUGAUUCGAUGGGUACAGCGGCUCAAUCCCGAGUCACUCGUUCACGUCGUCGGCACCUUACAGAAACCGAAGGAUCCCGUCACCUCUGCUACAUUUUCAAAUAUAGAGGUCCUUGUUUAUUCUAUACAUCUCGUCAACCCGGUCAAUGAUCUACCUUUCAACAACUAUGAGCCGCCCGAUGCACUCCGUCAUCGUCUGUCUGGACGUAUUGUAGAUCUCCGUCACCCAAGUAACCAGGCUAUUUUCCGAAUUCGUUCUAUGAUCGUUCGAAAGUUUAGGGAGUCCUUAGAGGAUCAGGGCUUCUUAGAGAUCCAGACACCCAAGCUGCAACCUGCAGCGACCGAAAGUGGCUCUGAGGUCUUUAAAGUGCAAUAUUUCGGGAGGACAGCAUUCCUCGCGCAAAGUCCCCAACUACCGAAACAGAUGGUCAUAUCAGCCGAUUUCAAAAAGGUCUAUGAAAUUGGUCCUGUAUUCCGCGCAGAGAAUUCCAAUACACAUCGGCACUUGACUGAAUACACCGGAUUAGACAUCGAGAUGUCUCUGAAGGAAUCAUAUAGGGAGCUCAUUGAGACAAUAGACAAAUUCCUCAAAGUAAUUUUCACCGCAGUGCAAUCUAUGCCUGAACUCAAAAGUGUCCGAGAGCGAUGGCCCAGUAAGGAUCUUGUCUGGUUGGAUGAAACUCCAAUCAUCCCCUUCACCGAAGGAAUCCAAAUGCUUAGGGAUGAUGGUAGAGAGGUUGAGGAAGAAGACUUAUCUACACGAGAUGAGAUGCGUCUCGGUGAACUCGUCAAGGAGAAGUACCAAACCGACUACUACAUCUUGGAUAAAUUCCCAGCAAACGCCAGGCCAUUUUAUACACAUAAAGCCGAAGACCGGAAGUGGACCAACUCAUUCGAUAUCUUUUUGCGUGGCCAGGAGAUCUGUACCGGUGGGCAGCGUAUACACAACGCCAAAGAGCUCCGCGUGAGUAUGGCAGAAUCAAAGAUUAGCGAACAGGGUAUGGAAGAGUAUUUGAGCGCCUUCGACCUUGGGGCACCACCUCACGGCGGAGCUGGUUUGGGUCUGGAACGGAUCGUAAUGCUUCUCCUCGAGUUAGACGACGUGAGAAAUGCUUCACUAUUUCCCCGUGAUCCCAAAUCGCUACCGGCUCGUCCACCAAGCAUUCCCCAUCCAGACGCAGACACCUUAAUACCACGGAAGCCGCAAGAUGAACCACCCCCUAUUGAAAAACUUAUCGCCAAUUAUGGCGACGCUACCAAUACAUCCUGGCUCGACGACCGAUUCGAAAUCUGGCGCCACCCAACAGGGGCAGCCGUAGGUUUCGCCAGACAAGCCGGCAAAUUCGCCAUGAUAGCCGGAGACCCUCUCUGCGACACGAGGCAAUACCACGACGUGAUCCUCGCCUUCGUUAACUUCGUACGCAAAGACCUGCGCCUCACCCCCGUCUGGAUGCUCGUCUCGGAAGAAGUCCAACACAUACUCGACACCAAACUAGGCUGGCGAACACUCAGCUGCGCCGAAGAACAGCGCGUCGACGCAGACCAGCACACCAACCCAUCCCAAGGCCGCGAAGCCCGUCGCGUGCAGCGCGAAGGCAUCACAAUCAGCGAAAUCGCCGACCUCGACGAAAGUUUCACGCACCGCGCCGACGCCGCCAUCCGCGAAUGGCAAGCCAGCCGCACGAGCAAGAGCAAACAAAACGGCGCCAUCCUCGCCCUCGUCGUCCUCGCCCAGCUCGCGCCCCGCCACGGCUGGCAGGUCAAAUGGGCCUUCGACUUCCCCGCCGCCCCCAACGGCACCAUCGAAGCGCUCGUCGAAACCGCGCUCUCCGCGCUCUCCGGCCCCGUUACCUUCGGCGCGGGGGUUUCGGACCGGCUUACGCCUCGCGCGAGACUCGGGGAGGUUAGAGCGAGGUUCUUGGCUGGGGUUUAUGAUGUCGUGGUGAGGAAUUUGAGAUUGCGGGGGAAGGCGAGGUUUAGGGAGAAGUUUGGCGUUUUGGGGGAGCAGGUGUUUAUUUGUUAUCCGAGGAGGGGGGUUAGGGUGGGGGAUUUGUGGCUGAUUGUUGGGUUUUUUGAGGGGUGA